UGCUAUACCUGUGGACUGGACGAGGUUGACCCAAACCUGGAUCAGCCGGAUUCGUACAACACCACGGUGGAUCCUGGACGGGCAACUGGAAACAAGAUGUAUAACGAAUCGUGCUAUCUCAUGGAAACUAAGACAGGACAAAAUGUUCCGAUCACACUAACAGCAGGUGAGGUUGAACCGUACAUGAAGUCUGUUGAGGAGCUAACAGCAGUUGUACAGUUUCUUAAAUCCGCAAAUCCAAAAUGGGAUCUUGAGACGGGAUUUUUGAUUUAUGAAGAAGAAUAUAUUGUUAUGAAGGCAAAACUGAAGUCGGGGGGCCAACCAGCCAUUCCAGAGUGGGAUAGUUGGGGGGAACUUAUGUUUGUAAACUAUGACAUGAGUAUGUGGAUCAGGGAAUGUACGAACGUAGCUCACUGCUAUGAAGCCAAGGGAGCGUAUAUAGAACAAAUACCAUCAUUCCGUGGAUGUCCAGGAACCAAUUUUGAAUAUGACAAUACAUGUUUUCAAGAAAUUCAGGGAGCGUUCUUUGUUAAUUGA